AUGCCGUUCGGUCUCUUCGAGCACCGCUUCACGCGCAGUCCCUUCGCCAACGCGGUGCCCCUCACGGGCACAGACAAGGUGGCGGGCCUGGACCAGCUGGAGCGGCUGGCUCGCCAGAGGCGCAGCGUGCGCACCCGCUACAAAAGGUUCCAGGGGCCUUAUCUGGAGUACACAUCACUGGAGGACUUAAGAAGAGGCCCCAGGAAUUGGCAGGAGUUCUGGAAUUGCGAUCCACGGGACAUGGGCCUCUCGUCUUACUCAGUUCCUGGAUCACUGGACGCUCUGGCCGAGAGGACCGAAGAGAAUGUUACUUACUUUUUGGUACAACAUCGUACAACUGUUGCUUGUGAAGAGUGUCGAUAUGGUCUUGAACUUGUGGUUGGAGUUUACACCAGUGACAAAAAUGAGUAG